CUCGGGCAGCUGUCUCUGUAGUCAGCGGUUGCAAAUGGCGACAUACAGAAAAUCUACGGUAGUUUUUUUGUCGUAAGUGCAAUCUGUGAAUCAAGUUGUGCGUGAAUACGUGCUUUAUUAAAUUGGUGGUUUUUAAGCAACGAAAGACAAGAUGCCGGCAGUACGAGGUGAUGGCAUGCGCGGACUUGCAGUUUUCAUAUCAGACAUCAGAAAUUGUAAAAGCAAGGAAGCCGAAAUAAAGAGGAUAAACAAAGAAUUGGCGAAUAUUCGAGGGAAAUUCAAAGGAGAUAAAACUCUUGACGGAUAUCAAAAAAAGAAAUAUGUCUGUAAACUUCUUUUUAUUUUCCUCCUGGGACAUGACAUCGAUUUUGGUCAUAUGGAAGCUGUCAAUCUUCUGUCAUCCAACAAAUACUCAGAGAAACAAAUCGGCUAUUUAUUCAUAUCAGUGCUAGUGAACACAAAUAGCGAUCUAAUAAAGUUAAUAAUUCAGAGCAUCAAAAACGAUUUGGCAUCUCGAAAUCCAAUUCACGUGAAUCUUGCAUUACAAUGUAUCGCGAAUAUUGGAAGCAAGGAUAUGGCGGAGGCUUUUGGAAACGAAAUCCCCAAGUUGCUGGUAUCGGGUGACACGAUGGACGUGGUGAAACAGAGUGCAGCCCUGUGCCUUUUACGUUUACUGAGAACUGCUCCGGACGUUGUUCCCGGUGGCGAAUGGACCUCUCGUAUUGUUCACUUACUCAACGAUCAACAUCUAGGAGUCGUUACAGCUGCAGCUUCGCUUAUCGACGCACUCGUCAAGAGGAAUCCGGACGAAUAUAAAGGAUGCGUCAGUCUCGCCGUCUCCAGGCUCAGUCGGAUUGUAACAUCGAGUUACACGGAUCUGCAGGAUUACACAUAUUACUUCGUGCCUGCGCCUUGGCUAUCCGUAAAACUGUUGCGAUUGCUUCAGAAUUACACUCCGCCAGGUAAAUGCCUGACGUACACGGAAAAAAACGCCGAAGAUCCAGGCGUUCGUGGUCGUUUGAAUGAGUGUCUCGAGACAAUUUUGAAUAAAGCACAAGAGCCACCAAAGUCGAAGAAAGUUCAGCAUGCAAAUGCAAAGAAUGCCGUUUUAUUUGAGGCAAUUAGUUUAAUAAUUCACAACGAUAGCGAACCACAUCUUUUGGUUCGCGCCUGCAAUCAACUUGGUCAGUUUCUAUCGAAUCGUGAGACGAAUCUUCGUUAUUUAGCACUGGAAUCAAUGUGCCAUCUCGCCACCUCGGAAUUGUCGCACGAGGCAGUGAAGAAGCAUCAGGAGGUCGUUAUUCUUUCGAUGAAAAUGGAGAAGGACGUUUCUGUUCGACAGCAAGCUGUUGAUUUAUUGUACGCAAUGUGUGACAAGAGUAAUGCCGAGGAGAUUGUUCAGGAGAUGCUCAACUACCUUGAGACGGCGGAUUAUUCAAUUCGGGAGGAAAUGGUCCUGAAGGUGGCGAUUCUCGCUGAAAAAUACGCGACCGAUUACACUUGGUACGUGGACGUUAUUUUGAAUCUCAUCAGGAUAGCUGGAGAUUACGUGUCGGAGGAGGUUUGGUACAGGGUCAUUCAAAUCGUUAUCAACAGGGAUGAUGUUCAAGGAUAUGCGGCUAAAACUGUUUUUGAGGCAUUACAAGCGCCGGCGUGUCAUGAGAAUAUGGUCAAAGUCGGAGGUUACAUUCUCGGGGAGUUUGGAAAUUUAAUAGCAGGAGAUCAACGUUCUUCUCCAUUGGUGCAAUUCCAACUCUUACAUUCCAAAUAUCACUUGUGUUCGCCAAUGACGAGAGCUCUACUUCUUUCGACUUACAUUAAAUUCAUAAAUCUCUUUCCCGAGAUUAGAACGCAAAUUCAGGACGUCUUUAGACAGGACAGUAAUUUACGUAGUGCAGACGCGGAAUUACAGCAAAGAACUUCCGAGUAUCUGCAACUCAGUAUCAUUGCCUCGACUGAUGUCUUGGCGACAGUUUUAGAAGAAAUGCCAGCAUUCCCCGAAAGGGAAUCUUCGAUUCUUGCGGUGCUGAAGAAGAAGAAACCGGGUCGCGUUCCAGAGAAUGAAAUUCGCGAGAGCAAGAGUCCAGCACCGAAUACGAAUCAUCAUCCGGAGGCAACUUCUGUUGCAGCAGUCGCUGUGAAUAAUUCGUCUGCCGAUCUUUUGGGACUGUCAACACCGCCUUCAUCACAACCAACGAGCAACACUGGCGUUCUUUUGGAUGUUUUGGGAGAUAUUUACAAUAUGCCUAAUAAAGUUGGCGCUACGAAUGGAACUCAGAGCACGUAUAAUCCGAAAAAAUUCGUGUGUAAAAAUAAUGGAGUUCUCUUUGAAAAUGAUUUGAUACAGAUCGGAGUGAAAUCGGAAUUUCGGCAGAAUCUUGGCCGCAUUGGUUUGUUUUAUGGCAAUAAGACACAACUGCCACUCACUAAUUUCCAGCCUGAAAUUUCUUGGGCAGAAGAAAAUCAAGCGAAACUGUCGGUGCAGGUGAAAACUGUUGAUCCUGUUUUAGAGGCAGGAGCGCAAAUCCAGCAAAUGGUUAACGCAGAAUGUAUUGAUGACUACGAGGACUCACCGAGUAUGGUCAUCACAUUCAUGUACAAUAAUAUUAAUCAGAAAAUUACAAUGAAGUUGCCGUUAACGAUCAACAAGUUCUUCGAGCCAACAGAAAUGAAUGGCGAAUCAUUCUUUGCCAGAUGGAAGAAUCUUGGAGGUGUUAAUCAGCAACGUUCGCAAAAGAUAUUUAAAGCUCAGCAACCGAUGGAUUUGCAGCAAGUUCGCACAAAACUUCAAGGUUUUGGAAUGCAACUGUUGGACGGAAUCGAUCCGAAUCCUGAUAAUUUUGUCUGUGCCGGAAUUGUUCACAUGCGAGCGCAGCAAGUUGGUUGUUUGUUGAGAUUGGAACCCAAUAAACAAGCACAGAUGUUCCGAUUGACGGUGCGUUCCAGUAAGGAAACAAUGUCCAUAGAAGUCUGUGACCUGCUCGUGGACCAAUUUUAAAAAAAAGCCUUGGGCCUAUAGCAGUGCGCGCCUCUAUUGAAAAUUGGAGGAAAAUAAAAUUCAAAACAUUACGUGUUUUGUUUGGAUGAUGACAUGAAUCUCGUUUCCCGCGAGAGGUGAUCAAAGAAUGUUUUUCUUGUCAGCUUGAGAAGCACACAACUAUUUCUCUGGACCCCCCUCCAGUUUCUUUUGCUUGUCGUGAGCUUCGUUACCCACAAACAUCACACUCCCAUUAAAACAGAAUUCAUUAAAAAAAAAUAAGCAAAUAUUCGUGAAUUGUGACAAAAAAAAGAAAGUUAAUAUAUAAAUGAAGAAAAGAAAAAAGACAGAUCGAUGGACAGUAUUAGAAGUUGAGAGUGGAAAGAAAAAACAGUAACGACGAGAGAUAGUUAAACUUAGCUAUUAAGACCUAAAGAUGUCAUCUCAAGGUAAGAAUCUGCUCUUCAUUUUUUUUUUAUUUUUUGCCCUAGAAACACGGAAAACUGCCGAAAGUCUCAUUCGCUUCCGUUUGAAAUUUACCAUUAUUUUUUAAGUCCCCCGAGGAUUCAAAAAAAUCUAUUCAAUAGAUUAAAAAUCUCUUCGAGUAUAUUUACUCGAAUUCAAAGCUUCUUGAAAGUUAAAAAUUUUUUCCUCUUGAUAAAAAUAAUUUAACGAAUUUUAACAGUUU